AUGCUCACCUUCCGGCGGGCCCUCCUCGUGGCCGCGGUCUUCAUCACGAUGUUGUACCUUGUUACUCGAACACAUGCACCUUCGCCCAUGGACCAAAUACCUCCACAAGCCGAGUCCUGGCCGGCCUCGAAUACAGAGGGACAUACCACAAGGACGGGCUACACGCCAACAACACCAGUGUCGACGAAAGGCUCGGAUCGAAUGCCUCAAGCCAAGAAGCCGAAGACACAUGGGCAACAACAAUUAUUACAAGAUAUGUCGAGAGCGCCCCUAAAAGACAAACUCGCAUACCAGUUCCCCUAUGACGUCGAAACGAAGUUCCCGGCGUACAUAUGGCAGACCUGGAAAUAUACUCCAGCGUCAGGAGACUUUGGGGAGAACUUAAGGCCAGCAGAGGCAAGCUGGAGCGAGAAACACCCCGGCUUCAUCCAUGAAGUCAUCACAGAUCAAGUAGCAGUCCAUCUGCUGCGGCAUUUAUAUGUAGCAGUACCAGAGGUGCUGGAGGCAUACCAAUCCCUUCCUCUUCCGGUUCUCAAGGCCGACUUUUUCCGCUACCUGAUUCUGCUGGCCAGAGGGGGCAUUUAUUCGGAUAUCGAUACUCAUGCGUUAAAAUCUGCUGCUGAAUGGCUGCCUGAGAGUGUCCCCAGGGAGGCUAUUGGGUUGGUGAUUGGUAUCGAGGCGGAUCCAGAUCGUGAGGAUUGGGCGGAUUGGUAUUCGAGACGGAUACAGUUCUGUCAAUGGACGAUUCAAUCGAAACCUGGGCAUCCUGUUCUUCGGGAUGUCGUGGCCAAUAUCACACAAGAGACGCUGAAGAAGAAGAAGGAAGGGUCAUUGAAGUCGUUUAAAGGCAAGAACGUCAUUGAAUUCACUGGACCUGCCUUGUGGACAGAUACAAUUUUUAAGUUCCUGAACGACGAUAAGUACUUCGAUAUGAGUACUGGGAAAGGGAAUAUUACGUGGGAGGAUUUCACAGGAAUGACUACCGCGAAGAAGGUUGGCGAUGUGGUGGUUUUGCCAAUCACCAGUUUCAGCCCAGGGGUGCAGCAAAUGGGUGCAGAGGAUUAUGAUCAUCCGAUGGCAUUUGUGAAGCACGAGUUCGAGGGGACAUGGAAACCCGAGAGCGAACGACAUAUCGGCGCUGAAGUGAAGGAAGAGGGACAGUAG